AUGGCGCCCCUCAUCACAACCGUAUACAGCGCCGACCCUUCAGCCCACGUCUUCAAUGGCAAGGUCUACAUCUACCCUUCUCACGAUCGUGAGACCGACAUCAAGUUUAACGACAACGGUGACCAGUACGACAUGGCUGACUACCAUGUCUUCAGCACUGACAGCCUCUCCCCACCUGGCGAGGUCGUCGACCAUGGUGUCGUCUUGAAGACAGAAGAUAUCCCCUGGGUAUCCAAACAGCUCUGGGCACCCGAUGCCGCCGAGAAGAAUGGAAAGUACUACCUGUACUUCCCAGCACGCGAUAAGAAGGGAAUCUUCCGCAUUGGCGUUGCAGUUGGCGACAAGCCUGAGGGGCCUUUCACCCCAGACCCAGAGCCCAUCAAGGGAAGCUACAGUAUUGAUCCAGCAAGCUUUGUGGACGACGAUGGACAGGGCUACCUGUACUUCGGAGGUCUUUGGGGUGGACAAUUGCAGUGCUACCAGAAGGGCAAUGACAUCUUCGAUGCCGAGUGGCAGGGUCCCAAGGAGGUCAGCGGCGAGGGUGUGCCCGCUCAAGGACCCAGGGUGGCCAAGCUCACCGAUGACAUGCACCAGUUCUCAGACGAAGUCCAGGAAAUUCAGAUCCUCGACCCAGAGACUGGCAAGAUCAUUCUGGGAGAUGACCACGACCGACGCUUCUUUGAGGCUGCCUGGAUGCACAAGAAAGAUGGCAAAUACUACUUCUCGUACUCAACAGGCGACACACACUUCCUCUGCUACGCUACAGGCGAUAGCCCUCUUGGCCCCUUUACCUACGGUGGACGUAUUUUGGAGCCUGUGCUUGGCUGGACAACACAUCACUCUAUUGUUGAGUUCAAGGGCAAGACAUAUCUGUUCUACCACGAUUGCGAGUUGAGCAAGGGUGUUGACCACUUGAGGUCUGUUAAGGCCAAGGAGAUCUUUUACGACGAUGAUGGCAAAAUAAUCACAACUACAUCGGACUAG